CAACUUUGCUACCAGUGUCCGAGUCCAAGUUGGACGAGGCGAGAGAAGCGGCCGGGCUGCAGGAGAGCCAUUAGAGCCCAACUUCAUUAUUGACAGCGACGAGCCCCACUGCGCAUGCGCGCUGCCGACCGACGGCCAACCUGUUGCCGAGGUUGGGAAGAUUCAUUUGCGAGCUGGGGCCAAGAGCAGCACCGCGGCAGUCCGGAAUGUCAAGUCGCUAAGAUUCUGCAGAAGCACAGCAACAGGGUGGUCCCACAAGCCCCCACCCCCCCUUCCAAUCCGAAAAGGCAUGGCGGGAUCGGAGCCAGAGCAAGUGGAGCCGGGUCGAGACGAGACCGGACGAGCGGGGAGAUGAUGGGCAUCGAAAUGAGCUCUUCAAACUUUGAGGCGCCACUUUCCAAGCGCGAUGCUGCCAUCUUGCGGUCAGAAGGAAAACAGCCGAGACACGAGAACGACCAUCCGUCCCAUACGCUGAGACAUCAUCAUCCAUCCCACAAAAUAAGGACCGGAUACUUGACUGGAGGGAAGGAAGCAAGUUUGACAGCCAGCCAAGUCUCUGUGGAUUCAUUGACUGUGAGGUCCCGCGGGGAGAUGAGCCCACGAUGGAGACCCGUCCCGGGGUAGCGCCCUCCUCCUCCUCCUUCUUCUACACAGGGAGUCUUGAACCCGCACGACGGGCGCUUUACGUCACGAUGAUGGCGGACGAGUGAGGAGUGAGCCCUGUGAGGUCCUCUCUGCCAUACGCACGCACGCACACACACACUUCCUCCAUGGAUUCCAGCAAUGAUGACACUCUGGAUAUCAUCAUCACCAAUGUGGUGGCAACGUUCAGGACCAGGUGCCACCUCAACCUGCGCACCAUCGCCCUGGAGGGAACCAACGUCAUCUAUAAGCCGGAGGUGGGGAAAGUCCUCAUGAAGCUUCGGAAGCCCAAGAUAACCGCUUCCAUUUGGUCCUCAGGGAAGAUUAUCUGCACUGGAGCAACAAGCGAGGACGAGGCCAAGCGAGGCGCUCGCCGCUUGGCACGAUGUCUGCAAAAAAUUGGCUUCAAGGUGAGGUUCUCGGCCUUCAAGGUGGUGAACGUGCUGGCCGUCUGCUCCAUGCCCUUUGCCAUCCACCUGGUGGACUUCACCAAGAAGAACCGGCCCAUUGCCAGUUAUGAGCCCGAGCUCCACCCUGCCGCCACCUACAGGAUCAAAACUAUCAAGGCCACCAUCCAGGUGUUCUCCACGGGCAGCCUCACAGUCACAGGGCCAAACGUGCAGAACGUGGCCACGGCGGUGGAGCAGGUGUACCCGCUCCUCUUUGAGUGCAAGAAGCCGCUCUGCAAGUAAGGCGGAGGAGCGCUUGGGCCACCGAGUGCGCUUCUUGUGGACUCGCAGUCGUUUUAGAAGUAACGCAAAAAAAAAAAAGGCAUUCUCCGUCCACGGAAAAGUACAAAACUCUCCAAAAUCCGGCUUACUCGACUCAUGUACAUUUUGACACUCGUUGUAAAUUGUAAAUAUGAUUUUGUAAUAUUGUUAUUCCACGAUUGAGCCUGUGUGUAUGUGUGUGUGUGUGUAUAGGAUCACUUUGGAGGAUGUUUUAGUGCAGGUUGAGCGUAAACGUAAGCUCCGUUUCCGAGACCAGCUUUUAAUCUUUGUGCUCAUGCGCGUCCCUCAAACCGACUGGGCUUUCGCCCGCAUGACUUUUAAUUGCGGUUGACGUCAUCCGAUCCGUUUAUAAGCGGACCUCCCGCCGGCCAUUACACCCCCCCCCCCCACAGCUUCAAGACUAUUUUGUAUUUUAUACAAAAAUAAUAAAGUGAUAAAUAAAGCAGCCGACUGUG